CAACGUUGUGCACAUGGGGUACAGUAGCUAGUGACAUAUAGCGUGUUUGCUCCCUUUAGAUACACUAUAUUACAGUUUUUUUGUGUGUGGAGUAUACUUUAUAUAUAUAUAUAUAUAUUAGAACAGACGUGUCAACAUCAAAAGUAAGUAUGGGUAAGAAGAAAGCAGGCGGAGGAGGCGGACUGGGUCGAGCGCUGAUCAAGGAAAGACUCCAGGCAGGCCGAGGAAACAAGGGGCCGAAGGGCGAGACCUGGCGCCACACAUGUGAGCUGAAUGAUGGCUAUGACUGGGGACGGCUCAACCUGCAGUCAGUGACAGAACAGAGUUCCAUGGAUGACUUUCUGGCCACUGCAGAAAUGGCGGGAACAGAGUUUGUUGCAGAGAAACUCAACAUCAAGUUUGUGCCAGCGGAGGCCAGAGCAGGCUUAAUAACAGCUGAAGAGCGAACCAGGCUGAAGAAGCUGCAUGAAGACAACAAGCAUUUCCUCAGAAUUCCGAGACGCCCCCACUGGGACGAAGGCACCAGUGCAGACGUGCUUCAGCUAGCAGAGAAAGACAGCUUCUUGGAGUGGAGACGAGCGCUUGCACAACUAGAAGAGGAACAGAAGUUAAUCCUCACCCCAUUUGAGAGGAACCUGGAGUUCUGGAGACAACUGUGGAGAGUGAUCGAGAGGAGUGACGUCAUCGUUCAGAUUGUUGAUGGCAGAAAUCCGUUGCUGUUCAGAUGUGCUGACCUGGAACUGUACGUAAAGGAAGCGUCAGAGCAUAAGGUCAACAUGGUGUUGGUGAAUAAGGCAGACCUGCUGACCAAGGAGCAGAGGCGAGUGUGGGCCAGAUACUUCCAGAAACAGGGGCUGAGGGCAGUUUUCUGGUCUGCGCUGGCAGAGAACGACAGACUGGAGGCAGAGGAAAAGGGCAUGGAAGUGGAGGAGCCAGAGUGUGCAGAGAGUGACCCAGAAGAAGAAGAAGAAGAAGAAGAAGAAGAAGGACAGCCAGACAAUGACAAAUACUUGAUCCAAAAAGGGGCAACUGGAGAGGAGGAGAUGAAGGCAGCGGAGGAGGAGGAGGAGGACGACGAUGAAGAGGAACAAGAGAGUGGUACAGACGAAGAUCAGCCGGUAAAGAUAACUGUCGAUGAAGAGGACUGGCACACCUGCUCAGAGGAUGAUGGAGAAGAUGAAGAAGAAGGGGGAGUUGGUUCAUCCAAUAAAUCCUCCUUCCACAACUCAAGCCGGCUGCUGCAUAAGGAUGAGCUGCUUGACGUGUUUAAGGCUGUUCACAACGGGCCCAGGUGUAGAGAAGGACAACUAACAGUGGGAAUGGUUGGGUAUCCUAACGUGGGGAAGAGUUCCACAAUCAACACUAUUCUAAGGAACAAGAAGGUGUCUGUUUCAGCCACUCCUGGACACACAAAGCACUUUCAGACUCUGUAUGUGGAGCCAGCCCUGUGCCUCUGUGACUGCCCAGGUCUGGUCAUGCCCUCCUUUGUUUCUACCAAAGCUGAGAUGAUCUGCUCUGGGAUCCUGCCCAUUGACCAGAUGAGAGAUCACGUACCUGCAGUCUCCCAUAUAUGUCAGGUGAUCCCUCGGCAUGUCUUAGAAGGCACCUAUGGCUUCAACAUCAUCAGACCACGAGAAGAUGAAGACCCCGACAGACCUCCCACCUCUGAGGAGAUGCUGAUGGCUUAUGGAUACAUGAGAGGCUUCAUGACAGCGCACGGCCAGCCUGAUCAAUCCAGAUCAGCCCGAUACAUCCUGAAGGAUUUUGUCACUGGAAAGCUUCUGUACUGCCAUCCUCCUCCACAUAUCAACGCUCAGGACUUCCAGCCGCAGCACAACAGCUUCCUGAAUAUGGACUCAGACUGCUGUGACCUCUCCUCUUCCACAACAACAAGCAAACCGCAGAAAAUCCGGAGAAUUGAAAAUGUGGUUGACAAGAACUUCUUCCAUCAGGAGAAUGUGCGGGCGCUCUCCAAGGGGGUUCAGUCUGUUAUGGGCUACAAGCCAGGCAGCGGACCUGUCGGCCCAGGACAACCUGGUUCAGAGGUGGUGGAGGGAAAACCCUGGAAAAAACACGGCAACAAGAACAAGAAGGAGAAAGUACGCCGUCUCAAACAGCACCUGGACGCCUGACGAAGAUUUGAAAUCAAAGCAAUUUCAAUUAUGAAAUGUACACAUGUGAUUUCAGAGGAAUUAAUGCUGACAAGUAUCCGUAGGUAGAUAUCGUCCCUUUAAUCUUGUGAGUACAGAACGUUUUGGCUGUCUCAAUAUUAACAAAUGAGGUGCAUAAUAUGUCAUAUAUAUAUACUGCUCUGGUUAGAAGAUCAUAUUGGCACAAUUCAUUCCAUCAACUGGACCACCGGUUGCACACCAGAUCUCACCACAGUGUUUGUAAAUGGAUUCAACGUCCAGAGGGUGUGAAUUUUAUAAGACACUGAACAUCAAUUUAUUUACUUGCAUUAUGAAGGUGUUUUUCAAACGACACAUCACAAAGUCUAAAUUACCUGGAGAAAUGAUUGUUUGAUACUGUUUUUAUUCAUAAAAGAUGUCAUUAAUGUCACAAAGCUGUAUUAUAACAUAAAUUGUUAAUUUUCA